AUGUUGAAGGAAUACAAGCUAGUCGUUGUUGGCGGCGGCGGCGUGGGGAAGUCCGCCCUCACCAUUCAGCUCAUCCAGUCCCAUUUUGUCGAUGAGUACGACCCCACCAUCGAGGACUCGUACCGCAAGCAGUGUAUCAUCGACGACGAGCAGGUGUUGUUGGACGUGUUGGACACCGCCGGCCAGGAGGAGUACUCGGCGAUGCGGGAACAGUACAUGCGCACCGGCGAAGGGUUCCUUUUGGUGUACUCGAUCAACCUGCGCAACUCGAUGGAGGAAUUGACCGCGUUCUACGAGCAGAUCUUACGGGUCAAGGACCUGGACUCGGUGCCGGUGCUCGUGGUGGGGAACAAGUGCGAUCUUGAGAUCGAGCGCCAGGUGCUGUUUGAAGAAGGCCAGGCGCUUGCCAACCUGUUUGGGUGCAAGUUCUUGGAGACGCUGGCCAAGCAGCGCAUCAACGUCGAGGAGGCGUUCUACGACCUUGUCCGCAGUAUCCGGGACAAGGACAACCAUGCCACCGCCCUGGCGGCAGCAGUGGCGGCGCCCGCGGCCCCGGCGGCGGCGGCGCUGGCCCAGCAACCGGUUGCUGCUGCCCACGAGCCGGCGGCGGUCAACCCUCAGGCGCCGCUGGGCGCGGCCGCUGGCACCGCGGGUGGGGCGGGUGUUGGUGGUGACGAUGCUGGCGUCAGUGGUGGCGAUGCCCGUGACACCCGCCAGCUGGCGCCGGCGCCAAAGCGCGACCAGCAAAAGGCGAGCGCCGCCGCCCCCGCGGAGUCCAAGGAGAAGCUGGGGUGCUGCGUGAUCAUGUAG